AUGGCGAGCGCGGAUCUGCUGCGGAGGGAGGAGGAGUUCUACUCCUCCUUGUUUGAUUCCGCCAAAGGCGAUGGCGCCAAGUCGCGCUCACAGCUGAUCGAGAGGAAGAUUGAACUCCUCGAGGACAUGGCCACCAAGGUCAGUAACCGGAGAUCACGAAAGUGGAUGAAUGACCGUUUGCUGAUUGAACUUGUCCCGCGUCUUCAUGUUGAAGAAAUCAAAGGCCUAUUUGCUCCUCCACCAUGGGGUGAGGAAGUACCCUUGUCAGCAUUCUGCAGGACAAGUGUUGGUGAAUGGGAUGCCUUCAGGAGCAUUGACAUGGAUGCUGAGGCAAGAUUGAUGCAACAUAUGAAAAGAUCAUCCCAAAAACCCAGGAAUCAUGUGGACGAAGGGGAAUUGAUUGCGCUGAAUGCCUGGCACCGGAUAGAUCGCCAAACUAGGGAAGCAAUAAAGAGAAAUUUCCUUCCUGAUCUGCUUGAAAUAUAUGAAGAACGAGUUAGGGCCUUCAUUGAAGAUACUAGUGACAAGGAUGUGCUUAUGAUGAAUGUCCAGGACCCAUUUCAGAGGCUGCUUCUGCAUGGUGUUUGUGAGUUCUACAACGUGACCUCGACGACCACGAGCAGUGUAAGAGAUGGGAGGCCUUGGAAGACAACUACCAUCAAGAAGAGGCAGGGCACGGGUGUUCCCUCCAGAAUCACAUUAGUUAACUUUCUGAGGAUGAAGAAGAAUGGGUCCCAUUGA